CCUCGCAAAAGUUUCAGUUCUUCGUGUCGCUCUCCGCAGAUUCCGGGCUCGCUUCUGGUCCUCGGCUCCCCUCUCCAACUCCGGAACAAGAUGCUCCAAUCGUGCUGAGAUCAUAAGGCUGAUGAUCACCGCCGACUCCGCCAGCACACGCAAGCAAGAGCCUCGCCGCGAGGCAAGAUGCUGACACUCAUAAUCGGCGGAACGCGUCAGCCCCAGCGCUUGCAGUGCCAACUUUCACUCUCCUUCGGCGUACCGAUUGCUCAUGACGUCGCCUGGGACGCGUAAAAUGGUUAAGGGUCUUAUUAUAUGAAAGCUGCAUGGCCUUCCUUAAAUAUCUAACCUCCACAAGUUGACCGGAAAACCAUUCCACCAUCAUAGCACAGCAUUUGCAAUCGGUCGCAACUCAUCAUGAGAGCCCAAAUUUUGUUUGCUGCCGUGUCAGCACUUACCAUCUCUUCUGUCAUUGCUGCACGGUCUCCAGGUUGCGCACAUGGCUGUAUGAAUGACUGGGACGGCUCCGGCUGCACUUGGAAAGACGGCUGGAAAUGCCUUUGCAACAACAACACUGCUCUUGAUAAGGUCAAUUCCUGCAUCAGCUCUUCAUCUGAUUGCAAUGACGCAGACAAAGAUGCUUCAUAUCAAGCUAUUGCCCAGCUGUGCGCGGACGCCGGAAGCACUGUAACUGCUAGCCCCGAGGCGAAGUUCUCCGCGACCUCUGGAGGGAAAUCCUGGCCAACAUCUUGGAGUGGAACCUCCUGGGGAACCUCGGAUUGGAGUUCGUGGGUCUCCGCGGUUUCAACAGGUCUUCCCGGUGCACCGACUGGGUGGACCGGAGGGUCCUGGGGCCACGGACCUGGGAGCCAGGGCGCAGAUCCAUCUUGGACGACUAAGUGGAGCAGUGGUUCCGGUCCAUGGACAACUGACGGUCCCCGGGGAGGCCGUAGCCAUGGUGGACCUUUCGGCGGUGCCUGGGGCCCCUGGGGUAGCUCUGGAAACUGGACUUCAGGUGCCUGGACUUCAUGGUGGGAGUCCAAAGGCUGUCCCGGAUCUACCUGGGAGGGCUGGACCGCAGACGGAUGGAAAACCAAUGCGCCUUGGACGGCUUGGACGGCUUGCACUGCUACGACGACCGCAACAAGCACCUAUACUAGCACUGUCAGUGGCAGCACAGUGACCGGAGUCACAUACGGCAUUCGCGUUGCGCAAGCUACCGGCAAUGAUACAGAGGCAUCGGGUUCAGGCACUGCUGCCAGUGCUAGGGCUACCUCGGUUCAAGGUAACGCAGCUGCAUCUACUACGAUUGCCAUGGGGUCUCUGGCGAUGGCGCUCGUUGUUAGUCUUGUCCUGAUGUGAGCGAUCUUGGAUUUUCUUUCGGGAUAAUCUCCUGUCGAGCAGCACAGGUUAUGACGCUACGACUCUCGCUACUCUUUAAGUCUUAAGCCACAAUAGUAUUAUGUACUUUAGCGAUAAUAUCGAAUUUGAAAUUCCAGAGGGUGG